AUGAAAUGUUGUGACAAAAAUUGUAUAAAUACAAACAAACCAAUUGGUAAUUGUAUUAAAGGAAAUGGAUUUGGAAAUAUAAUUAAUGAUGAAAAUAUUAAAUAUUUAGUGAAAAAAGGAGUUGCUGUUUAUGCAGGAAAUUUACUUAGAACCCAACAACAAUAUUAUUGCAAUUAUCAAAAUUAUUAUGAUUAUACCUUAUUUUAUUUUGAAAUUAAAUGUAAAUUUGAAGGAGAGUUAAAUAAUUGUGGAAAAUCUAUAAAUGUUGGUCUUAAAAAUUGUAGUACAAAUAAAUUUGUUUACUAUUCUGCAACCAUUGCUAUAAUUGUAAACGAGAAAGAUGAACAAUUUAAACUUUCAACAGUUUUCAACAAUAAUGAUAUUUUUGGUUGUGGAUUAGUUUAUCCUCCAACUAAUAUGACGAAUGAACUUCCAUAUAUUUUCUUCACUCAAAAUGGAAAACAAAUUGGUAAAUAUUUAUAA